AUGAAUAUUUUGUAUGAUAAUACAUGCAACCUGCUACAGAAAUCUGCAUCACUUUUUGUACAUGAAAUUGUACGACAAGCAUGGGAUGAGGAAGUCACUUUUGGCACGAGAUCGUCGAUAAUAAAUACGAACAUCACCAGGAUAAGGAGAGUCCCUUUGAACCCAAGACAAAUCGCACUUUUCGAUGUCCAUAAUGCUACAAAAAUCAACGAUGAGAUUUUAUCGUUAGCAGAGAGUCAAAAUGCGAUUCCUGAGAAAAAUAGCGUUAAAGGCAGGUUGGACCAACGAGUGGAUCGAUCGAGAAUAGUGUUGGUAAACGCUGGUGAUGUAAAAGGCUUGGAAAAUUUAAAGCAUGUCCUGUCUGUCGUUGAAUACGAACCGCAGAAAAUUAGUAAGAUAGGAAAAAGGAAAAUUGUGGACUCUCAUAACAUCAACCCUGAUACCGUAGUUCCUAGCCGUGAAAGCGCGAGUCCAGCAACUCCAGACGUUACGAACACUUACUACGAAGUACCACGAACCGAGCGACCCAAGAAACUCGCAACAAUACCGCAAUACUAUUCCAGACCCAACCAAGGCAGCCAGAAACCACUUAAAAUCGAUUCAAAAUCAAAAUCUCAAGACCCAGAGCACAUAUACCGAGUCACAGUCUCGAAAGCAAUCAAAGGAAAGUAUUCUAGAACUCGUUCCCCGCAAACUCUUCAAUCAACUACACCAAAGGAUGAAACGAACAUCGAAAAUGUACCUAACCAAAAGAUCACUACUCCUCUGUACAACCCUCACACGUUAACCACUGACCCACAGAAAAAAUACUACGCAGACUCCGUAAUUACUACAACACCUUCCGGCAACGAUUCUUAUCCGUCGAAAGUUAGUAGACGGAAGAAAAGUCGCAAACGAAUGACGAGUAAAACUGCGCAACAAGUAGAGUCAUCCAGUUUCGCUGAAAAUACCGAAAAUUAUCCUAAAGAAUUCCUGAAGGCUCGAGAAUCGAUAACGAACGAAAAUAAGAAUAAAUCGAGGAGAUUAAGUUUGCAAGCCAAGUUACCCAAGUAUGAUAUUGCGCCAAGACCAUUUUCCAUAAGCAGAUACCCUAAAGAAAGCCAGGAAGACAAUUCGGAGAAAAUAAAUGGUAAAGGAAUAGCCUCCGACGAGAUCCGAAGCAUCGACGAUAGAAAUAUUCAUGGAAAUACUGCGAAGAUAGAUAGUGGUCACUCGAGUGGUUACAGAAAUUCUUUGCCUGGAUUAAAUAAGAAAUCGUACGAAAGGAAAGAUAGUAAAAGCAGUUCGACGAUCCGAGUGAACGUGAAAGAUGGUUCUUUGCCUACCGAUCUUCGAAAAUCUUUGAAAUCCGAUGCCAAUAGAGUCGGUGUUCCUUACGAGGAUUCUCAGAUCUCCGAAGAAAAUGGUUCUUUCGAAGAUAAAAGUUCCACCGAUCAUUCUAAAUCCGAUGCUGAUAGGCAUAGUCGUAAGAAUUCCCAAAUCUUUGUGAGAAAUGACUCGUUGGAAGACGAGGCCUCUGUUGAUCGUCACGAAUCUUCUAAAUCUGAUGCUUCCAAACUGAAACAUAAAAAUUCUGAAAGGAAGUAUUCCGACAGAAAUGGUUCUUUCGAAGAUGAAAGCUCUACCGAUCGUCAGCCAUCCUCCAAAUCUGAUGCUGAUAGGCAUAGUCCUUAUAAGAAUUCCCAAAUAUUUGAGAGAGACGACUCGUUGGAAGAUGAGGCCUCUGUUGACCAUCGUGAGUCUUCUAGAUCUGAUGUUUCCAGACCCACACAUAAAAAUUCUGAAAGGAAAUAUUCCGACAGAAAUGGUUCUUUCGAAGAUGAAGGCUCUACCGAUCGUCAACAAUUUUCUGGACCCGAUGCUGCCAGACUCGGACAUUAUAAAAGUCCUCGAAGAAAGUUCUCUGGAAAAAAUGGUUCAUCCGAAGAUGGAAGUUCAACUAAUGAACCGACAAAUGGUAAUAAUCGAUACAACAGUGGGUCGGGUCUAGGUAAAUCUUCUGAAGAGUCAUCAGUAAUCUCAUCGAACUCGAAUUCUUAUGAAAACAUCAAAACUCCAGCAGUUACUGUUCAUUCGGUAAAUCCCAUAGUUUCCACUCCAUCGCCUUACACAGCAUCCAAUUUACAUUCAAAUAACUACGUUUACUAUCCGGCAUUAUUGCCCACUCGGGCACCGGUAAACCAACCUGAGCAAAAUGACGCAAAGAUACAAGAAAACGAUGAGAAGGAUAGUAUAGAAGCUUCUGAUGGUGUGGCGGAAGCUACGAAUAUUGCAAACGACAAAAGCGGGAAUUUGGAAAAAGGCGGGAAAUAUGAAAUACAGAGAAAGUCAGACAAAGAUCAGACUGGAAUUCAUGAUUUACAAAGUCACGAGUAUAUUCGCGACAGUGAACGUGUAUCUAAAGAUGUAAAAGAUGGUUCCGAUGGAUUUACGAAGGACGAAGACAGUUAUGGCCAAUAUGCGCAGAAGUAUGACGACAUGGUGGAGGAAGAUGUUGCAACCGAUGGCUCGCAUAAUAACGAGAGUCAUCAGAGUGCAAAAGAGGGUGCAGCGAGUGGCAACGCAGGUGGAAAGGGUGGUGAAGGGAAAUUUGAGAAGGGUGGAGCCACGGAACGCAAGCAAGAGCAUCAUGAGAGCGAUGAUGAAAAAGGGGAGAAGGGUUACAAAAGCUGGCAUGAGGAGGAGAAAGCUGAUAAGGGUCAUCACGACAAGGAACGGCACAGCAAUUAUUUCGACGAGAAGGAUGGCGAAAAGAAAGAUCAUAAAGAGGAGGGUGAAUACCACCAGGAACACGAUGAGGGCGAGAAAGGUGAAAAAAAGGCGGCAUUCGACGAAAAUGGGAAACAUCAGAAGGGUUACAAUACCAAGGGACAACACUUCGUGCACAAAAAGGAUGAGUUCGAGAAACGAACCGAGUUCUUCGACGAGUUCCACGAGGACGGCGACAUGGAAAACGACGGCGAACAUUAUCACGAGCACGAAAUGUCCAAAGGCGGUCACUACAAAGAGGGUCAUCAUAAUAAAGACGACCACGAAGAAAUGCAUGGGAAGAAAGGCAAAUACGAGAAAGGUGGUCAUUACGAUGAUGAAAAAGGUCAUAAGGUUAAAGAGGGCAAGGAUAGUCACUACGAACAUGAAAAUAUGUAUGGGAAGAAGAAAAAUCAUCAUGAUGGAAAAAGAUGGAUGUAUAAGAAGGGCGAUGGCGGAAAUGGGGCUGAUAAAAAGGGACACUGA